AUGCAACGAGACGACGAUAAGAAUUGCAAUGUCACAGCCACUGUUGGAGCCGACGAUCUGCAGACGACUGACGUGGACCACAAACUGCAACCGUACGACGAAGAGGUAGACAAACUGAUCGAAUGGUUGCGGGACAUGCCUCAUUUGCCGAACAUCACCGACCGAGCGUGGUUGCGGAACUGUUUUAUUGGACGAAAACUCCGGAUAGAGAGGACUAAAGAAUCAUUGGACGGAUAUUUUUGCUGCAGGUCGCUCAUCGACGAAUUCUUCGGCGUCCGCGAUCCGCUCGGAGAUGACGUCCAGACGGCGAUGCGAAAAACGUGGUUUGGGUUUUCAAGCAAUUUGACAGACGAAGGUUACCAGGUCAUAGUGACGAGAAACCUCACCGACGAAGAUGUUCCCGGCAGGUAUUUAGAUCAGUGGACGAAAUACUUUUACAUGUGCAUCGACUGGAACUUGAAGCGGCAGACGGUAAACGGAGUGAUCAUUAUUUAUGACAUGGCCACGACGAACAAAAACGAAUUACUCACUCAAGUGACCCCAAAUUUUCUCAGGAAAUCUUUACAGUGUUCGACAUUCUUCCCGUACAAACUGAUACAGGUCCACUUCAUAAACGUACCAUCAUACGCAGCCGUAGUGUUCAAUAUUUUAAAAUCUCUGGUUCCCAAAAAAAUCCAAUCUCGUAUAUUUAUGCAUAAUAACCCAUCGGAUGUACUGCAACAUAUCAAAAAAGAAUGCAUUCCGUCAGAUUUAGGCGGUUGCGAUAAAUCCAUUAAAGAACUGGGCGAACUCUGCAAGGAGAACAUCGUAGCGGAAAGAGAAAUGUUCAUGAAUGGAAUACUUUCGUUGAAAGCGGACAUGGACAAAAAGCCGAAAGACACGAACAGCAACGAACAAUCGGAGCUCUUCGGAUUUGACGGAAAUUUCAAGCAAUUGAAUAUCGAUUGA